ACGUGUAUCGGAAAUUCAGUGUGUUUACAAUUUGAUUUUUUCUUCUCCACUUUACGGCUUACCGCUGCGACCGUCUAACUCACAAACCACACGCGCUGCGGCUUCGCGACGGUUUUGUGCUCGUUCGUUUUUUUUAGUGCCACACGAUCGCUGUAACGGUAACUGUGCGAAUUUCACUGGCCUUAAUCACAUUCAAUUAAUACUACAGUUCACUUACGGAAAAACCGCUAACAGACAUAUCUACACAUCGCAUUCGCGUUUAUUAACAACUACCCAUUAAUCGCAACGAAAAUAAAAAAAUGACCGUGGUCAACAUUAAGGACAGGGUGAAAAACAACAAGCUGAACUUAAGUGGUCUCAAUCUAACGGAGAUACCCACUAAGGAAAUCGCUCCAUUGAAAGUUUCUCAUCUGGACUUAUCCAACAAUAAAAUCACAUCAACAGAUAAUGUUUUUUCUUCAUUACCUGGUCUAGUAAAGCUCGAUCUAUCCAGCAAUCAAAUUAAGAGUGUGGCUGGUGAUAUUGGUUCGUUGCAAAAACUUGCUUACCUGUCGUUAGCCAACAAUAAAAUCAAAGAUUUACCCAAGGGCUUGAGUAAGCUUAAACAAUUGAAACAUUUGAACUUGAGCAACAACCCAUUGAAACCAGAACUGAUUGAAGCCGUUGGACCAUCACAAAAUAAUGCACAAUGCCAGUCAGCAGCUGUCAAUGCUAUACAAUAUUUGAAGGGUGAUUCCAAAAAACAAGAUGACAAACAAAAUAAAAAGAAGGAUAAGAAAAAUAGUAAAGCCUCGCCAAAUGGUGUACAAAACGAUAAGUCAAAAAAUAAAACCAAGCCCAAAAAGAAACCUGCUGGUUUUGUAUCUAAAGUUUUUGGAUUCUUUGGCAUGCUCAUUUCAUACACUCUUUUGUUCGCGGUGUUGAUUGGCUUAUCUUUGUAUGCCUUGUCAUACUAUGACAAGAAAGCAUAUGGUAAUGUCAAGGCUAAACUUUUGCCUGUUUGGGGAUCAGCUACAUCAAAUUUAGAUCCGAAAGUAGCUUCUAAAGUCAACUAUUAUCUGCUACAAGCUGGGACUUCUUUUGAUCGUGCAGUCCACACAAGUAUUGAGGCAUCUAUUAAAUCAUACAAUUGGGUUAAAACAAAUCCAACUGUACAGCAAUAUGCUAAAAAUGUGCAAGAUUCUUUGCAAUCUUUUUGGGAUAGUGUAUUCAAGAAAACAAAAUCUACGUGAUCCGUGAAAUAGAUUUAAAAAAAAACACAAUAAUAUAUUGAUGUGUUUUUUUUUUGUAUUCCAUGUAUCAAAUAUUUGAUAUAUUUUCUCGAAAAUCCCAUCUUUCGUCUCCUAAACAUCAUCUGCUGUAUACAACUAACAAUUUAUUUGUAUGUAUGUAUUAAUUUUUUUUCAUAGAAAAUCAUUUUUGUCCAACUGAAUUACAUGUAUA